GGUCGAAGCAAAAACCCUAACCCUAGUAAGCUCUGCCUCCUUCCCUCCUCCGAGCUCGGCCGUCUCGUCUCGUCUUGUCUCGGCAUAAACCCCAGGAGACGGCGGCCCGAGCUCCCACAAUUGGCCCGAGCUUCGCAGCGCGCGCUCCAAUGGCUGGCAAGAAGAGGGCCCCGACAGCGCUCGCCGAUCUCGAAGCCGCCGCCGCCGCCGCCUCGGACUCGUCGCAGGACGAGGCCCCGGCGAAGACGAAGGGCAUGGGCGGGGAAGUGCCGGCGAAGAAGAAGAAGAAGCUGGCCAUGGAGCUGAGGAAGCAGCGGAAGGUGCUUGAUAAGGAGCGCCACCGCCAAGCCGCCGAGAAAUCCGACGCGGCUCCCAAGCCGCCGGCGCAGGAGCAGCCCGCGGCUGCGGAGGAGGCUGCUGCUGCUGCUCCGCUAGCGGCGGCGGCGGCAGUGGUGCCAGUGCCUGCGCCGCCCGCUCCGGUGGUGGCGGGGCCGGGGCUGCAUAUGAAUGUGUUUAGGGACCUGGCAUCGCCCGAGGCGUCGCUGAGGGAGGCUGCCGCGGAGGCGCUGGUGGCGGAGCUCCGGGAGGUACAGAGGGCCUACGAGAAGGCUGCACGGGAGGAGGAGAAGCAAGCGGGUGAUCGUGAUGGCCCCUCACAGAUGGAAGCCGAGAAGGAGGAUGGUCUGGAUAACUGUGCUCCGGCGGUGCGUUAUGCCAUCCGGCGGCUUAUCCGUGGUAUCUCUUCUUCUAGAGAGUAUGCAAGGCAAGGAUUUGCAUUGGGUCUUGCAGUUGUGCUCGAAUCAAUUCAAGCUAUCAGCGUUGAAGCAGUUAUGAAGUUGAUACCUAAUUUGCUAGAAUAUUCUGCUUCGAUGAAAGGACCGGAAGCUAAGGACAACCUUUUAGGGCGCCUCUUUGCGUUUGGAUCACUUGCAAGGUCUGGAAGGGUGUCAGGACAGUGGACACAUGAUAAAUGUUCUCCUAUUGUCAAGGAUUUUAUUAGCGAGGUUGUACAACUUGGAAAUAAGAAAAGAUAUCUCACCGAGCCUGCAGUUGCAUUGAUUCUGGAUUUCACUAGGAAGCUGCCAGAUCAAGCUGUAUUAUCUGAGGCUGUCAAAUCUCCUGCUGUGCAAGAUUGGUUCAACAAAGCGGCUGGUGUUGGAGAUCCAGAUGCACUCUUUUUGGCUUUGAAGUUCCAAGAAAGAACUAAUGUUCAGAGGAACAUAUUUGGGAAACUUCUGCCAUAUCCAUUCAGUCCUGAUAAAUUUUUCACAGAAGAGCAUCUUCUAUCCGUUGCUGCUUGUUUUAAGGAAUCAGCAUUUUGUCUUCCACGUAUUCAUAGUCUAUGGCAUGUGAUCACGGACAUGCUCACCCGGGAUGAAGCUUCUCAGAAUGAAAGUAACAUCAGUUCUAGCAAAAAGCACAAAAAGAAUAAGAAAAACAGCUCCUCUGAGGAUUCAAAAAAGAAUCUGCGCAGUUUUUGUGAGGUUAUUAUUGAAAGUUCAUUGCUACUUUCAUCUCAUGACCGGAAGCAUUUGGCAUUUAAUAUAAUUCUUGAUCUCCUUCCAAGACUGUCACCAUCAUCUAUCCAAAUAGUUCUGUCCAGCAAAGUUGUUCUUGGUUUGAUGGAUAUUCUGUCAAAUGCAUCAUCAUGGCUGUACAAUGCUGGCCAACAUUUUCUGAAAGAAUUAGUAAGUUCAGUAAGGAAUGACAAUGAUCGCUGUGUUGCUGUCAUUGUUAACUUGCAGAAGUAUAGUGGUGGAAGAUUUGACAGCCUGACAAAAACAAAAACUGUCAAAGAGUUGAUAGCCAAGUUCCAUAAUGGUCAAGAUUGUCUGUGCCUUGUGCAAAAUUUGAUGGCGCUCUUUGUGGAUGAAGGUUCUGUUGAUGAUGAACCAUCUGACCAAAGUCAGACAACUGACGAGAAUUCAGAAGGUGGCUCAAUGGAAGAUAAGGACCUUGUUGGUCAAAGCAAUGCUGACCUUCUGAAGAGUUGGGUGGUGAAUACAAUUCCUUUUGUCUUGAAAAAUUUAAAGCUUACAUCUAAAGGAAGUUCACUGACAGAUUCCGAAAUGGCCAAGUGUAUUGAAGAAAAGUUUCAAGUGCAAACUGAGAUAUUGAAAUUCUUUGCGGUCCAAGGUUUGUUCUCAGCUUCUUUAGGGACUGAGGUGACGUCAUUUGAGUUGCAAGAGAAAUUCAAAUGGCCAAAGGCAGCUAUAUCGACAUCACUUCGUAAUGAAUGCAUCGGACAACUUCAAUUAUUACUAGAAGAUGCACAGAAGGAUGAGGCUUUACAUGUUGUUAAUGAGGUUAAGUCUAACGACUUGGGCUUCUACUUCAUGCAUUUCAUUAACACGGUAUGCAACAUUCCUUCGGUUUCGCUGUUCAGAACCUUGAGCAGCAACGAUGACGAUGCAUUCAAGAAAACGCUGGCUACAGAAUCUGCACUUUUCCAUGAGGAAAGAAAAAUCGGGCCUGGACUGGAUUCAACCAAAAUGCAUGUGAUACGUUAUCUCCUUAUUCAAUUGCUGCUGCAAGUUCUUCUCCAUCCAGAUGAGUAUUGGGAGGCUGCAAUUGAUGUGAUUAUAUGUUGCAACAAAACAUUUCCUUCCAUUGCUCAGGGUGACAAUUCAACUGGGCUGGAAUCUCUUGAGGUCGGUUCAAAGGAAUCAGAUGAGCAUGGAUCAGAGGAGUCUAAUGAGGAUGUACCAUUAGAGUUUAUGGAUGUACUUGUGCAGACUUUUCUCUCUGUUUUGCCUCAUGCAUCUGGCCCUGUGUGUUUCACCAUUGAGCAGGUUUUCCGCGUGUUCUGUGAUGAGGUUACAGAGACAGGGCUCCUUGAUAUGUUGAGAGUAGUGAAGAUAGAUUUGAAAGGCUCUCGUCGUCAAACGGAUAGCGACGAUGACGAAGAUGACACUCUUGUUGGUAUUGAAGAUGAUGAUGAAACUGUAAUGGAAGACGUAGAUGCUGGGGAUGCUGAUGAUGCUACAGAUGAAAUUGAUGAGGAAAUGGAAGAUGAGGAAAGUGAAGAUGAUUCGGCAGAUGAAGUAGUUCAGGAUGAUUUGAAAAAAACAGCUCACCAUGAGGCAAAAUAUGGGGAUGCUGCAGAAAGUAGCAAAGGUGGGGAAGAUUCAGAUGAUUCAGAUGGUAUGGAUGAUGAUGCUAUGUUCCGUAUUGAUCCGUACAUUGCGAGGAUUUUCCAGGAGCGCAACAAUCUACCUGGUAGUGGAACCCAGCAAUCUCAACUUAUGCGAUUCAAGCUCCGUGUGCUUACGUUACUGGAGAUAUAUCUUCAGAGGAAUCCAGGAAAAAACCUGGUGCUGGAGGUGUAUACUUUCUUAAUGCAAGCUUUUGUGAAUUCACAUAGUGCUGAUGGUAGCGAGCAGUUCAAGCAACGAAUUGGUGGUAUAUUGCAAAAAAGGAUAUUCAAAGCAAAAGAGUGCCCGAAAGGCAGUGAUCUUGAACUUGUUAGCCUCGAAAGAUUGUUAGAGAAGGCUCUAAAGUUGGCAUCACGUUCACGAUACAAAGCAGUUGCUUCUGCAGCCCAAAAUGCUACAUUUUGGAUUCUGAAGAUCAUCAAUUCAAAGAGUUGUUCCAAGGAGGAGCUUGCAACUGUGUUUGAUAAGUUCCAGUUCAUGUUGAACGACUACUUCAACAACAAGAAAUCGCGGCUGAAGAUUGGUUUUGUGAAGGAGAUUGUCCGCAGGAAUCCCUGGGUAGGACGGGAGCUUUUUGGCUUUGCUCUACAGAAGGCUGGGAGCACGAAAGCCGAAUACCGAAGAGUUCAGACUUUAGAGUUAGUGGACUGCAUAUUGAAAUCUUGGGUCAGCGAAGACGUCGCGAGUGCAUCAAAGGUCUUGAAGAAGCAUCUGCCUCUGUUGUGCGAGCUGAUUCAAGAGAUCCUCACAAAGAUGCCCGAAAACAAGUCACGUCGCCAAGAAGUGCGUAGAUUUUGCACGCGAGCCCUGCAAACUGUGGUGAAGCUCAACCUGAGAGAACGGUUCCAGAAGAAACUGAGUUCUGAGGCCUACUCCCUCUGCCAGGCACAGCUGGGAGCCGCGUUUGCUCCCUUCCAACAACAGUGAUACAUGCGAGUCCAUUCAUGAAGAUGCAAAAGCCACUAGAGCAUUUGAGCUGGACUAAUUUUGCUUGUUACCUCAGCUCCACGCGGGCGGAGGGUAGGGUUAAUUUAUAUCAAAUCGUAAUUCUUUUUUCGUCGUUGUGCCAAUACCCCGAAAACAGAAAGAGUAGCUGCUAGCCAUAUGUAUCAUCAGUAUGAGCAUGUACGACGAUUGUGUGAAUGGCUGACUAUACUGCUAAGAUUCUUUUCACAGGAUUUACCUCUUAUCUAGCAAUGCUGGCUAGUUACUAA